UCAGCUCUACAGCUUGGCUUCUUCUUCUCUCUUACACACACAGUCAAGCGUACAUCACACACACAAACACACACACUCUCCAUCAUCCUCAAUUUACUUUCUCUGAGUAUUCUUGAGGACACGUCAAACUCCCGGGCUUUCUUCACAGCUGUGUAUCCUUAUUUGUAUUACCUAAUUACUGCUAAAAGCAUUUCACUUUUGCAACACUUGCAUUUCAACAAGGCAACACUUGCCCACUUAAAUAAUCCCACACACACACACACACACACACACACACACCAGCAUCUUCCACUGCUGCUUGCAAACUAUGUAACAAUGCUGAUUCCAAGGCAGAGGAUUAAGAUAGCGCUGCGUCUCUGGAUGCCUGUUCUGAUGCUCAGGAUCGUAGUGGCUCACACUCUGAUCCAGGGCUCCAUCCGUCCCCAUGCCAUCAUCAUCCUGCCGAACAGCGCCGGGACGGAGGUUCUGGUUUGUUACGAAGACGAGGGCGUCUACAUCGACACCUACGGACGCAUCACCAAGGAUACGGUGCUGCAGUGGGGGGAGAUGCCUGCGUCUGUCGCCUACCUCCAGUCCAACCAGGUGAUGGGCUGGGGAGAAAAGGCCAUAGAGCUGAGGUCAGCGAACACUGGGAACCUGGAGGGAGUCUUCAUGCACAAAAAGGCUCAAAAACUCAAGUUCCUGUGUGAGAGGAACGACAAGGUGUUCUUUGCCUCUGUGCAGUCAGGAGGCAGCAGUCAGAUUUACUUCAUGACUCUGGGACAGAACUCGCUGUUCAACUGGUAACGACUGGAUCUGUAACUCUGGGAUCAACUGGUGGUGUCUUCAUUGUUCUGGCGAUGCCUUCUUAUUUUCGUGGCGACUCAUCUCUAUGGACAGUUACACCCAUACAAAGAUCAACAAAUAGUCUUGGAUCCAUCUUUCUAUUUUGUCUUGUGAAUGGUGAGUUGAUCCUAUCUCUGGCGGUUCAAACACCGAACGAAUCCAUCGCUCCAUCUUCGAAUACUGAAGCUUGAAUCAGCUGCAGCCUCACAAAUAUCUGGAUGUGAAAUGUAACGAAAAACGCGCUUUAGUUCACUACCACCCCCCCAUUUACGGAAGCAUUACAAGGUAGAACUAGCAACGUUAGCAUCUGUGAAGUGAAGAGCAAACAAAACAUUGUUCCCUGGAGUUUUUCCUUGAAGGAUCUCUUAAAUCAAGACCGUUUGAUCCAAACCUACCUGGAAGCAAAACUGCCGGCUUGAUUCUGUGGAGACGUCUCGUGAACACCAGACCAUCAUUUUUUUCUCCUGGAUCAUUUAGCCAUUUUCCCAUUUCUCUAAAGGCCUUCUUCAUAUCAGUUACUCUGCUUACUAUGUGUACAUCAGCUAUUUGCUCCUAUUUACUUUAACAACAUCUCGCUGUGUAAGUGGAUCCAAACUCUCUUUUUUUUUGUUCAAUUCAAGUCAUGGAUUCUUAUCUCGUCUUCUACUCUGGUGUUCAGCUGUCAACAUGUGUUUAAAGAUGGAGUAAACUACAAGAACAAGUCCUUCAUCACUCCACGGAUAUCAUCAUUCAAAGAGUAAAUUGGGACCAACAUUUUGACAACUAUUGUCAUUCCUGUUUUGUUGACACUGCUUGCUGUUUUUUUACAGUUUUUCACCAGGAUUACAGAAAAACUAUUGGCCCAAUUUUCAUGAAACUUGGGUGAAGCAUGUGACAAGGUAGAACAUAUUUAAAUAUGUAGUGGAUUAAAUAUAAAAGGGCGGAUACACACAUUAUUGUUAACUGUUUGAUCAAAUUCCAGGUCCAUGAACCAAUGUGGUUCUGAUACCUCAGCAGUAUUAUUUAUGAAGGCCUUCAGUCAUGUUUUCUUUUUUCCUGACUAGAAGCGGAUAUCAAGGACCCAAACUAAUUAGUCCUGAAUCUGUGAUUUCCAUAUCCUUUUAUUAGACGGUAUUAUAUUAUGCACUACCAACUGAUAUAUUAUUCAAGGCAGUUUCCUUUUCUCUUGUCUGAGGUGACAGUGAGUCAGUAUAACACCCCACACAGCAUAGAUUCAAUCCUUUCAUUUGAACUGAAUCCAUCGUUUUUAAUAUUCAGGAUUAAAUUACUGUUUUGAAGACGCAAUUCAAUAACUUUUGAUUAUGUUCUAUUGCCAAAAAGACAAGAUUUAUUUAAAAAAGUUAUGAUUUCCAAAAUGUCCCCAAAAGAUUAUCGAACGAAUUACUCUGCUUCCUUUUUUCUAAAAUCAUUAUGUGUUUGCGUGUAGCUUUUUAAAUACAAAAGGUUGAACUGCGCUCAAAUUAAGUCACAUGCAAUUGAAUUAGAAGGGUGAAUCGGAAGCAAUCUAACAACACAAUGAAGCCAUAAAAUGUAACGGCAGACAUUGAAGUAUUCUUUAAAACCACAGGAGAAGCUUCAAAUGUAUUAGGAAAAACAUAUGGUGAUGAUGCAGGUAUGUUUUUUGUAACAUAAACCCAAUACAGUGUCUCACCAGUUUAAGCAUUCCCUCCACCUAAGUCAUGGACCAUAUCAUUUUAGUUUCAUUAUUCCAUAAUCUGGACCUAACUAGCCUUGUACUCAACACAAGUAUAAUUAUAAAUCUAUUCCGCAGUAACAGGCUAUUAUCAUUUCUUCUGCAUCUCUUUUUGUACAGCGUCGGAUGUAUAUAUUCUUGUAAGAUACACCUUUUUCUAAAUAUUUUAUAAUUGACAAGCCAUCUUUAUGUAUGUGUACAGAAUUAUGAUCAGGCUUAUGAAUGUUAUUUCCACACCCUUUUGAAAGUUCAGGAGCCACUGACAGUGAACUUGAAGGCUCUUGGUCGAAGAUCAAAUAUUGUGUCUUGUGAAUUUUGUUUUGUGGUCGAUUUUCUACUCAGUGGUGAAAUUUAAAGCCAUUAUGUAGUCUGUAUUGAAGAAAUAACUGAGGCUUUGGAUCAGUUUUUCUUACACUAUCCAACAUGGGACGCACACCUGUUUUGAUGGGUUAUUUUUAGGUGUUUUUGUUGAGCCUGGAUCCAAUGAGCUGGGCCUGUAGAGUAUAUGUUCUUUAUUUUUACUGUCAUUUACACAGUGAAACACCAAAGAAGUAUUGACUUCAGUAUAAAAACCUAACAAAUCCCAACUGACUAUUUGGUGUUGAGAGAUUAUCUAUGAUUUAAAAGUUAGAGAUAGGCCAAUAUUAUUAUACUGUAAAAAAAGAUAUGAACUAGACCAAUCAGACGUGUGGAGGCCUGAAGAAUCUCCCAGACAUGAUGUGUCUCUCGCAAAUUGAAACAGAAAUAAAUGCAAUUGAAAUGUUUUACUUUUCAUUUAAAAGAAACCUUGUUUGUUUGCUUUGGACAGAAGAAAUAAUUGGUGUUACCUUCAAAUGUGAAUUUGUAAUUUGUCCAUGUUCCAUAUACCCUCCUUCGUCCGAUUUUGCCCAAAUGGCUAACUUUGUUAUUCUUAUCCUCUAUAUUAUAUUUACUCUUGAAUGUUGAGGCUAUUAUAUUCGUUGAGUUUUCAUUAUUGACUUGAUAUAAAUAUUGCAGCUGGUUCUGUGAGAAUAUUUUAAACUGGAAAAUGUACUUUCUGAUAAUGACUGUCGCAUUGCUAAGUUGUUCAUACAGGAAACUACCGCCGCCGGACCAGAUAGCUAUAGCUAACAUGGCUACAGUUCAUGGAAAUACAGGACUAUGAACCAAUCUAAACACAAUUGCUAGCUAACAGCCGUUUAACAUUUCAAGCUAGCUAUAGCUGCAGUAGAUGUUCUAGCUAACAUUGUUAGCUAACAGGUAACUAGCGUAUGUAGUAGCGGGUUGGCUAGCAGCAGCACUUUUUCUCUUCAUACACAGUUACUUAGCUGUGCAGUUUCCACAUGAGAUUAAAAAAAAUGCACAAACUGUAUUUCACACACUAUAAUUCAAAUUAUAUGAAGUAAAAAGAAUGUGUGUGGACAUUAGUUCACGAACACUGGUGACCGUGUGGUGCUAGUGUCCAAAUGACUCACAUUUAUCAGCCUUUUGUUUAAACUCUCUUUCCCAGCAAGUUUGUGUGAAUUCAAUCACAGAUCCUUUGCUUUUUUAGGCAAUAAUGUAAAUGUUUGAGUACCAUUGGCUGACCAUUGUUAUGCAAUCAUAUAACCAUGAGAGAUUCGGUCAGAUGGGUUUUAAUUUGGCUAAUGUAUGAAUUCAGUCGUGUAGAAAGUGAUACUUGGAAGUUCAAAGACAGGUUACAAUCCUUAUACGGUUACGUUUUAGCUCAGUACAAACGUUUUAUUCUUUUAUUUUGAAGGCAUUUUUUUGGUAUAAUCUUUUUAUGGUUUUACCAAAAAUAUAUUACGCUAAUUUUAUGUUCCAUUCAACAUCAUGCAUUAUCUGCAUCGUUCUUCAUCCUUCUUUAAAAAACAACUUUUCUGCUACAAGCUAUCCAGAGUCAGUGUCACACCUAAUCUAUUCGUCACCUAAAGUUACAGUUUUGAGACACAAUGAGAACAUUUGAGUGGGUUAUUGGAAUACCGACUUCUCUGUCUUCUCCUGUGAUGAACAUUUGAGCCAAGCUGCACUAAUGAUCUUCCUUUUCUUCUUCUCACAUGUCAGAUCUAAAUCCACACCAAACAUUAGUCACACCAGAUUAAGAAAAGCUGGAGAGACAUUUAAGUAUUGGAGGGAUAAAGGAUGUGUUUUACUUCAACAAAUAACAUUAUUUUGCGCUGCACUGACUGUACAACCUGAGCAGUUUAGAGAAAGUGUGUGUUUGUGUGGGAGGGUGUGAUGUAGAUGGCAACAGGUGUUCAGUUAGCAGGAAUUCCUUCCCCAGGGGAGGAAGGACAGAGUUUAGAGGAAGUAGAUGGUGGUUUGAGUCAGGUAUCAGCUAACAGAAAGAUAUGGAUGUUGCUUUUUAGAUACAUGUUUUGCUGUUGCCUACAAAACUUGAAAAAACGUGUACAAAGCAAUUCAACACCUCUGCCGAACCAUUGGUGCUUUAGGGUUGGUUGUUUGCAGGAUUAUGGAAAAAGCACUUACCAGAUUUUCAUGAAACUUGGUGGAAGACAGUAGCAUGGUGCGAAGAAGAACCCAUUAAAGGUUGGAGCAGAUCCAAAUCCCGUGGAGGAUAAACACAUUUUUUUUUUUUCCCUUACUACUCGUGAAUUGACAAUGGCCAAGGCCAACCUGCUUAGGCCAAUGUACUCUAAAAUGUAAUACUUCCUUUUCCAGUGCUACACCUUUCCACUUAAUAUCAGGAAGAUUGGGCCAGCAAUUCCUGCUUACAAAAAAAACAUUCCUACCUGAAAACAUGAGCUGUUUUGCGGAGGUAUAACGGUGCCACUGUUUCAAGGUGCCAAAAUGUGGAUUUAGUAUUUGAAGUGAUCGUUGGUUAUGAUGAGUUGAAAGAGGAAUAGGAAGUAAGGAUAUGAAGGAGAGAUACUUAUUAUACACUUUUUAGGUGUGGAUUUCUGCCUUCUUUGUUUCAUCCAUUGGCCAAAUUGCUCUUUCUGAACCUGUAGGUCCAUGGUUAUAUAUGGUAAUAUAUUAUAGGGAUGGUGGACAAACUCAGUAAUGAUUUAAAAUAGAAACAGCUUGCAAUGUGUCGUUUUAUAUGUCAAUUGACAGACAGGACAGCUGUGUUUCUUAUAAGUUGUAAAGAAAUCAAAUAUAUUAAAUACAUAUAUAUUUAAGAAUAUACAUUCCCCUUAACUAUUUCAUUUACUUUCCGUUCAAAACGUUUUUUAAAUGUUUGCACUGGACCCAUGUCUGAUGCAUUAUACACUGUAACUCCUGCUUUGAAAUCAAUCUUGUGUUUCCAUGUAAAGAGACAAAAGACAGACAACAAUAAAUAUAUUAAAUGGUG